AUGCCCGCACCUACACCAGCCCCGGAUUCCAAUGAAGGAGCCGGGACGUCCUCGCAAGCCCCCGCUGCACCUGUCUUCAGGACGGCCGAGGCGUUUCGGGUCGCCGCCACAGCCAGGGGGCUUAGCACACGGGGAGGGGGCGCGGCCGCGAGCAUCUGCCCGGUGCACCGCGGAGCCCGGCUGCGGCACGUGCGUCCGAGCCGGGCCCCGACAGCCCACCCAGCAGCAAGCCCCGUCCGGCGCUGCGGUUCCCGGGAGGUCGGAACCGGCCCCAGCGCGGGCGCACCAGGCUCGCGUCUCCUUCCUUCCGCGGCCGACCGCCGACUCCGGCGCUGCCUUCAGCGGAACUCGCGGGCGACUCUGACCCCGGGGCCCACCUCAAGCUCCUCACUGAGGAGCCAGAUUCGCAGCCCAACACCGGGCGCCGAGCUGCGGCGUCCCACCGGCACUGCGGGGCAGCGAAGAGGGACCCGAAGGCCUCGGUCCAUCCGCGGAGACGCGAGUGGGGCCGCGAAGUCUGCACGUGGCCCCGCACCGGCGGCCGCGCUCUGGCUGCUCCACCUCGGGGACGCGGAGGCUGGCCGGGAGCGCGGCGCAGGCGUACGCGGCUGGGAGGCCGGGGGCAGCGGACGGAGAGCACCGGCGGGGUCCGGCGCCCACCGCACGGGACACAGAGGGGCCACGGGCGCGCCUCCCUGGGACGCUCCACGCCGGGCCCUCCUACCUCCGAGACGACCAGCUGCGACACAAUGGGGCGGCGCGCGCCCCGCGGCCCCCACCCGGAAACCCGACGCCGGCGCCGGGCCGCGAGGCCGAGCCCGCCCUCCCGCAGCCCCCCUGCCCCCGCAGCGCCCAGUGUCCCGCGGCCGCGCACACGCAUCCGCUUCCGGGCCGACCGCCGCGCCCCACUCCCCCCCACGGCCUCAGACGCCGGCAGGCGCGGACCACGGCGGGAACCGGAGCUCCGGGGAGUCACUCCGGCCACGCCCGCGACCUGGGAAGCGGACCGUCGGCGUCUACGCCAGCCGGACCCCGAAGUUGGCGGAAGAAGCCGUUUCCCUCCCCACGGGCGGCCCCGCCUCCCGCGCCGCCGCCGCGCGCCCCCCACUCCCGCCCGAGCGCCCGGCCCGCACCCUCCUCGCGCCGCAGGGGCCUCGGGGUCGCGGGAGCGGAGAGCCCCCCCCCCGCGCGCCCCCUUCCUCACCCCCCCGGGCCUCUCCUCCCCGCGCUCCCGCCCUCCCCGCGGCCGCCGCCAUCUUCUCUCCUCGGCAGGAGCGCAGCGCGGACUUGCGCGGACGCCGCGGCUCUCGGCGGGCCGGCCUCCCGCACCACCGCCGCCGACCCCCGCCCGCCCCCGAGGGCGGCCCCACGGCGGCCGCCAACCCCCCCGCCCGGCGGCCGGGACGCCACCACUCACCGCGGGUCGCAGGCCUCUGGGGUCCCGCAGCCAUUUCCUCGGAGCUCCGCGGAGCCGCGGUGAGCCGCAGGCCGACCCGCCCUCCCGGGGAGCGCCCCGCGGCCUGGGCCGGCGUCGUGGCGACGGGGCGGGGACGGCGCUCCACCGCCACCAGCCGCGCUCUCAAGUUUCUGCUGGACUCGGAGCGCAGCACGCCGGCCCCCCGCCUCUCGUCCCCGCACGCACGACCGCCCCGCAGGGCCUGCGAGGAAAGUGCUCACGCGGAGCAACGGCGGCGAGUAGUGUUGGGCUCACACUCCACAGUGCCCGCUUACUCCACUCCCAACGGCAUCGCGCUUCUCUCAAGCAUCAUCCAGUACAAACGCCAGACCAGGCCGUGCCUGUCGCCCGAGUUCGACAGAAAAGCAGGAAGGUCCCGCCGUGCUGGCAGCGCUGGUCGGGAAGGUCGGCGUCAGCAUCGCUCGCUGGCUCCUUCCGUCCUCAACAACCGUCCCAGAGCUUUCGGCGCUCGGGAAGCUCCCGCGUCUGAGCCGAACGCUGACCGGUUAUCAGGCCUCGGUGAGCACAACCGCGGCGCGAGACGCUCCAGGCGGCGGAGGACGCGGGGGCGCUCGUUCGCUCUGCUCGGGAACGCCUCCCCACCCUGCCGAGCUGCCGACCCCAGGGCGACCCCAGGGAGACCGGGAAGCCCCUCCGCUCGCCAGGACCGCAGGGGCCGGCGGGGAACGGGCUGGCGUGGGGAGCUCUCCGGCCGUGCUCGCCCGGACCGGGCCGCCAGGGGGUCCCCGAAGGCGAGGUCACCCUGCCGCUGGGUGGGCUUCAGGAGAGCACGGCGCAGGACCCCGGCAGACGCACUCCCAAAGGAGGGCGGCCUCAAUGUCGGGGCAGAACUGCCCACGGUGGACGCUGCGGGCAUCCCCCUAGGACGGGGGAGGUGGGGUCUGCGCGGCUGGGGACCCGGUGGCCGCGGCGGGAGGGGCCGUGCGCCCGCGACCCCGGGAGACGGCGCGGGAGCUUCCUCGGGCGGAGCAGUCCGUCUCCGGAGGGCGCGGCGCUCGGGCUUGGGCGUGUGCGUCUCUGCCAGGGCCUCGAAGCCCUCGGCCGCCCGCGCCCUCCGCCGGACAGCCGCACGGCACCGACGGCCGCGUCGCGACGGACGGCCCCGCCACCGACACCGACACGCAGCGCCCGCGCGUCCUGGGUUCGCGUCGGCACUUCGGGCCCGCAGGUCGGCCGUCGCCCGGGCAGCCGCCGCAGCAGGCGCCGCGGUCAGGCCGACCCGCCACCCGCGGGAGCGAGCGCACGACCCCGGCGAGCCCCGACUCCUAGCCCAGGACGACGUCGGCCCCUGCCCCCGGCGCCCGGCUCCCGCAGCCCGGGAGCUCAGGCCCCGCCGCACGCCUGCCCCGGCCCGGCCCGGCCGCACGCGCGCCCGCAGCCCCGGCCCGACCUCGCGCGGCCGGCGGACCCCCGCGCCGCUCCCCGAGGACAGGCCGGUCUCUGUCCACUCGUGA